AUGGCUGCCUCCGUCAACAACAUCGCCGCCACCUUUGCUGCUGCCCGCGACUUCCCUCCGUCGUCCUCCUCCUCGCCACCGCCGCCGUCGUCGUCAUCGUCGCCGGCAGCGACGUCCACUGCGGCGUUCUCCGCCUCCCUCUCUACCACUCCCGCCCGCCCCAUCUUCGCCUCCUGGAACCCCCAAUCCUCCCUUCCCCGCUCCCACCGCUCCUCUCUCCUCAGCCUCUACGGCCUCCCCGGCCCCCGACCCCACCCCCUCCUCCGCCCCCCGCGCGCUGCCGUCGUCGCCCCUUCUUCGGCCACCGUUUCCGUCGGCGACCGCCUCCCCGACGCCGCCCUCUCCUACCUCGACCGCGGCGGCGCCGUCCGCACGGUCUCCCUUGCGGAGCUCACCCGCGCCGGGAAGGCCGUCAUCAUGGCCGUACCCGGGGCUUUCGCCCUUCCGCCGCGCCCUCGGUGGGGGCGCCGCGGCGGCGGCAGCGGGGCCGCCAUCCGUCUGUCGCCGGAGAGGCUGGUGAAGAAGGCGGUGGAUAUGAGAGCGAAGGGGCGCUGUGCCGCCGGGACAGUGCUGGUGGCGUGCGUGGCGGCGAACGACGUGUACGUGAUGCGGGCGUGGGGAGAGCAGCUGGGGGCGGCGGAGGGCGGCGUGAUGAUGCUGUCGGACCCAGACGCCCAGAUGGCGACGGCGCUCGGCAUGGCGCUCGACCUCAGGGGAGGGGUCGAGGGCUUCGGUGUCCGCUCCGAGGGGUACGUCAUUGUGGCGGUGAAUGGGAUGGUGAGAGCGCUCUUCCUCAACCACUACGACGGCGGCGCCGGCGACUCUGCGACCGGGUUAGAUGACGUUCUCCGUAGGCUAUAA